CAAUCAUUUUAUAGGAAAGGAUAAUCCAAUACUAAUUGGGAGGUGAAAGUUGUAAUUAAAAUUUAACAUCCAAACAUGGUUAUUACAUCUAGAGUUUUACCUCGUAAAAUAUUGCAAAAUCUUAAUUUUGUUAAAGUAUUAGGUAAAGAUGUAAAACCUUUCUCAGCUAUGGCACAAACAAAACAUGAAACAGAACAUGAAAAUGAUGAUUCUAAAAAACAAAUUAAUCAAGAAUCACUAGAUCCAACAACUCUUACAAAUUAUAGAUUUAUUUAUCCAGAAUUCUUACCAACUACAAAUCCUCUUCAUCGUAAUAGCAUAGCAGAGAAAUUAGAGCGUAUGGACAUGUUAGCUAGAAGAGCUGUAUUAGGUAUUCCUGAAUUUUAUGUUGGCUCUAUAUUAGCAGUCAAUUAUUCUGAGCCUCAUGCAACUGGAAAGGUGAACAGAUUUGUUGGUAUAUGCAUUUUAAGAGAAGGUGCUGGCUUACGUGCUUCAUUUAUUUUAAGAAAUGUUAUAAAUGGAGAAGGUGUGGAAGUACGUUACAUGUUGUAUGAUCCUGCUAUUCAAAAAAUUGAUUGUUUGAGGUUAGAAAAAAGAUUGGAUAAUGAAUUACUUUACCUCCGAGAUGCACCACCAGAGUAUAGUACAUUUCCACUUGACAUGGAAACAGAAAUAACUCCUGAAGGACCUGUUCCAGUGAAUGACAUUAAAGUUCCACUCAAACCACAACCAUGGUUGGAAAAGUGGGAACGUAAAGAUUUAAAGGGUCUUAAAGAUGUGGUUGUUAAUGAAAGACGUCAAAAGAAGGCAAAAGCUGCUGCUAAACCAUGGGAGAAAUAUGAUUUAAUGAAAAUUUAUAGGGAGACCAUUCCAGAAGAAGAACAAAUUGAAAUAUUCUCAGAUGUACACACAGAACUUCGUCAACUGGAAGUGAAAAAGGAUAUAUUAAAACGUCAGCGUGUACUACAUAGACCAAAGAAAAAUGUAUAAAUUUAAUUUUGAGUUAUAUAUAUUUCUAAGUUAUAUAAUUUCCCAGUUAUAUAUAUGCUGUGUACGUUAAGAAAUUACUUUAAGUUUUCCUUAAAUAACUUCUACAGACUGUAAAAACAUAAAUAACUUAAAUAUUUAAUUUACAAGUAUAUAAUAAUAGUUUCACUAUAAAUAGAAUUACAUUUAAAUAUAUUUCUUAUUACAUUAACAUUGAUUUGUUUUAUGCAACAGAUACAGUUAAAAAAUCUCGUUUUAUUAGGAAGUGAAAAAUAUACAAUAGAUAUUAUAAAAUUUUCAUGACUACAUCAUUUUUCAAACAUUCUUAUUUGAUGUAUAAGAGAACAAUUAUUUUUUGUAUAUUAAGUUGUCCAAAUUAACAGAGAGAAGAUAUAAAUACUUGAAUAUGAAAUUAACUAGUUAAUAAUGCCACAUUAAUUUCUUUAACCAUUUUAAUGCGAUAUAACAUUUUUAUAAGGUGUUCUUUAGCCAGUGGAGAUGUUGAAUACCAUACUGGGCUAUCUGGUACACAACUUCUUUCAGGGAGUAAAUAGAACACAUCAUUUCGAGUUUUAACACUUUCGGGACUAAAAAUCCAUAGAAAUGUUUUAGUUUCACUAUAUUAUAUGGAUUUUUAUAAAUAUCUAAUUGUUUUAAAUAGAUAAACUUACCAUUUGGAUAAAUAGAAUUCAUAUAAUUUGACUGGACACCUUAAUGGAUUUUCUUCAUUUUCUUGUUGUUCAUAUACCUUCUUCUUGCGUGAAUUACCUUCUAAAAAUAUUCGAAGUUUAUUAUUUUGUAAUGAUUUAAGAAUAUAAAUUACUCGAUACCAACCCAAUGCUGAUUGUGGUGGAUAAAAACGAAGGAGAACAUUUCUAGAACCUGGAACCUUUCCUGUUGUUGCAGCCGGUUGGGCGGCAGGAUUACGUUUCCAAUGUUUCAUAAUAUGAGAAAAUGAUAACUGCAUAUGCUCUUCUACUGUCUACAACAUUUUUUUCCAUUUCGUAAUUUUGCAUUUUUUCUUUUUAUGUACAAAUGUUAAUACUAAACUGAAAUCAAAAUGAUUCACACGUACCACAAGAUUAAAAUGUUUAGUGUUAAAAAACAUUAAAGUACUUAAAAGUACAUGAGGAGAAUGAGCACCUAAUUGUUUGCAUUCCCAUAAAUGUUCUUCUUCAACUCGUGUAACAAUAUAUUCUAUAAAGAACAAGCA